GGGAUGUGAUGCAACGGAACUUUAAAACCCUUAACUCUUCUGUGGCGUGACGCUGUUCUUUGCUGCGAUAAUGUCCCGCCGGGGAAUUGUCGGUAAAAAUCGCGCUCGUCGGUGAAGUGUUUUCGUUCUGAAAGUUCCGAUCGUGCUGAUGUUCUCGUUCCAACCUCUUCCGGAUGCACCAGCGUUCGAGUCCUUGACCGUUUUCCUUUGCUAAUCGGAUCAAGUAGAUCUCAGAUUAAAGGGACGCCGCACAAGUGACCGUGAAAAUUGCGCAGAGGUGCGAUACCCGUCCCGUUUCUGAUGCCAAUACUCUACACAACGGGGAACCCGUUGAUCACUCAGACGCCGUGUUUGAGCUUCAUACACUUCAACAUGUCAGAGGAAGAUCAAAAAGCUGAAAGCAACGAUCCCAUGGAGAUGGCGACCCACGCGAAUGGGAUGCUGGGACCAGAAGUGAAAACGCACACGAAUUGCGCUUCGGAUCCCCCGAAAUCCGAUUCUGUGGACCAUCAAGAGUCCAGAGAACAGCAUACCAAGGCAUCAACACCUCCGAAUGCUUUACAUGUACAAAAUCAACAACCAACUUCGCGAGGAGUCUGUCGAGACUUCCUGAGGAAUGUAUGCUUCCGAGGAGCCCAAUGUAAAUUCGCACAUCCCGGGGAUUCAGUCCACGGAGAUCUGGUGUUUUGUCACGAUUUCCAGAAUCUAGGAUGCACUAGGGCGGACUGCAAGUUUGUGCACGCGAGCAAAGAUGAUGAGCGGCGGUAUCAUGAGAGCGGGAAAUUACCGCACAGUGUUGGGAACCUGAAUUCGACGACGGAUUCCUCGGAACCGAUAUGCAAAGAUUUCCUGAAAAGACAGUGCCAUCGCGGCCGUCGUUGCAAGUUCCGACACGAGCUCAGCGCGCUCAGUCCUAAUGAUGAUCCCGGAAUCGCAUACGGUCACGCCCGAGAUUCGACUCACGUCGCCCCCUACUACGAAGACCGGUUCCAGAUGGAGAGAGACAUAUACUCGCCUGUCAAGCCCAUGCCCAGGCUAGUGGAGAGAUCCAUCGAUAGAGAACGAUGGUCGCCGAUCGGUCACAAGCGGCGGAGACCCUCGAGCGGUGGACCUAUUUACACGGAAGAUGACUUAGUGGGCAGUCUUGAGCGGGAGAAUCGCAUCCUCAGAGUCCGUCUGGAAGACCUACAAAAGCAGGUGAAAGACUUGAUGUCGACGAACGAAUUCCUACUCCAGCAGAACGCAGAGCUGCGUAUUGCCAAACAAGCGCGGGUGUGCCAAGGAAUUUCGGGAGCCGUGAUGUCGAGCGCUGUCAUACCGAAUAGUACGCAAUUGCUAACCAGCAAUCUGACUACGGGACAAGUCAGUGCUUGUUCCAUGCCGAAUGGAGUCCUUCCUAGCGCGGUUCUGGGGGCGCCAACACCUAUCACCUCAGAGCCCGUGGGAUUAGUACCGGUCUCUUCGAUCAUCACGAUGAGUUCUAGCACAACGCCCCUAGUCAGUGGCUUCCCGAUUGUCACGAGUCAAGGCCAACUGCGAUAUAACCCGGCGAGAAGCUGAUCGCAUCCCGAGAAAACAAAAUCUCAAGGGCACGUCCUCUCUAACCUUGAACAGACGGACUUUCUACUUUCACUUCUGGUUGGAACUUCCGCGCUCCUACCGAGUUCCAAAAAGUUUCUCCUUCUCGUCUUCAUUGAAAUUGUGGCUGAUCUUACGGAGUCAGUAGUUUCCGAUCGUUUGUACAUAGAAACUGGAGCAUGAGCGCACAGUGCACGGAAGAGGGCUCGCGGACUGUGAAUUUUCUGCGGUUCAACUCGCCUCCGAACUCCUCCAGUAGAGCAGGUGCGAGUGGAUUUUCCGAAUCGCACCGAGCUCAUGGGUUCCCACUUGUACUUAGCAGUGUAUAAACCGGACCCCUAGACUCGGGUCGAUAGCACAGAGCAUCGCAGCUGUGAAUAAAGUGGUCCAGCUCUGUCAGAGUGAUGAGUCUCGGCGAUAGUUGAGAUGAAUAAAUUA